AUGCAGGAGCGGAAAGAGCGCGAGCGCGCGGAGGCGCAGCAGAAGCGUGCGGAGCAGCAGAAGCGCGCGGAGCAGGAGGCGGCGGCCAAGGAGGCGAGCAUGACGGCGGAGGAGCGCGCGGAGGCCGCCGCUCGGCAGCGGGAGAAGGCGGAGGCGCGGCGGGUGGCGGAGGCGGAGAGGCGGAAGGCGUGGGCGGAAAAGGCGGAGAAGGGUCCGGGGCUGAUAAUCGACUUGGAGUUUGAAGAGCUGAUGGGGGAGAGGGAGCUGUCGAGCCUGCAGCAGCAGGUCAUGUUCUCCUACGCACUGAACCACCGCGCCCCCUCCCCCUGCCGCCUCACCCUCUCCGGCCUCCCCCCAGCCAGCCCCUUCCUGCACCGCCUGCAGCGAAUCGCCGGCUUCGACAGCUGGCACGGCGUGACUGUGGAACCCCGUUCCUAUAUCGAAGCCUGGGCGGGCAGGGAGGGGGAACUGGUGUAUUUGACUGCAGAUGCGGAGGAGGAGGUGGGGGAGGUGGAAGCGGGGAAGGUGUAUGUGGUGGGGGGGAUAGUGGAUCACAAUCGGUACAAGGGGCUGACUAAGGGGAAGGCGGAGAAGCAGGGGAUUAAGACGGCAAGGCUGCCAAUCGGGAAAUACCUCAACCUGAAAACUUCCAAGGUACUGGCAGUGAACCAUGUGGUGGACAUUAUUCUGCAGUACCUGCAGCACAGGGAUUGGGAGAAAGCAGUGGCGGCUGUUGUGCCUGAUAGGAAGAAGACGGACAGACCGGAGGUUGACAAUAAUGAGAGUGAUACUAGUGAAAGAGAAGCUAAGAGGGCUAAAUGUGAGAGCAAAGAAUGA